AUGAGAGAAAUUAUCAGCAUUCACAUCGGUCAAGCCGGUAUUCAAGUCGGAAAUUCCUGCUGGGAGCUUUACUGUCUCGAACAUGGCAUUCAGCCCGACGGCAUGAUGCCAAGUGAUACCUCCGUCGGAGUUGCGCACGACGCAUUCAACACUUUCUUCAGCGAAACCGGUUCCGGCAAGCACGUUCCUCGUGCCGUUUUUGUAGAUCUAGAACCUACCGUCAUCGAUGAAGUCAGGUCUGGUACCUACCGACAACUCUUUCACCCGGAGCAACUCAUCUCCGGCAAGGAAGAUGCUGCUAACAAUUUCGCCAGAGGACAUUACACCGUUGGCAAGGAAAUCGUAGAUCUGUGCUUAGAUCGUGUCAGGAAGUUGGCUGAUAACUGUACCGGUCUUCAAGGAUUUUUGGUCUUCAACGCUGUUGGUGGUGGAACCGGUUCUGGUUUGGGUUCACUCUUGUUGGAGCGUCUUUCUGUUGAUUAUGGAAAGAAGUCCAAACUUGGUUUCACCAUUUACCCUUCCCCUCAGGUUUCAACUGCUGUUGUUGAACCAUACAACAGUGUUCUCUCAACACAUUCUCUCCUUGAGCACACUGACGUGGCUGUGCUCUUGGACAAUGAGGCAAUCUAUGACAUUUGCAGGAGAUCCCUUGAUAUUGAAAGGCCUACUUACACCAACUUGAACAGGUUGAUAUCACAGAUUAUAUCAUCCCUCACUACCUCGUUGAGGUUUGAUGGUGCUAUUAAUGUUGAUAUUACUGAGUUCCAGACCAAUCUUGUGCCUUAUCCUCGUAUCCACUUCAUGCUUUCGUCAUAUGCCCCUGUUAUCUCUGCUGCUAAGGCAUACCAUGAGCAGCUCUCUGUGCCUGAGAUUACCAAUGCUGUGUUUGAGCCUGCUAGUAUGAUGGCCAAGUGUGACCCAAGGCAUGGAAAAUACAUGGCCUGUUGUUUGAUGUACCGUGGAGAUGUUGUUCCAAAGGAUGUCAAUGCUGCUGUUGGCACAAUCAAAACCAAAAGGACUGUUCAGUUUGUUGAUUGGUGCCCAACUGGUUUCAAAUGUGGCAUCAACUAUCAGCCUCCUUCAGUAGUGCCAGGCGGCGACCUUGCUAAGGUGCAAAGAGCUGUGUGCAUGAUCAGUAACAACACUGCUGUUGCAGAGGUCUUCUCCCGCAUUGACCAUAAGUUUGAUCUUAUGUAUGCAAAGAGGGCCUUUGUCCAUUGGUAUGUUGGUGAGGGAAUGGAAGAAGGAGAGUUCUCGGAAGCCCGUGAAGAUCUGGCUGCCCUUGAGAAAGAUUACGAAGAGGUUGGUGCAGAGGGAGCUGAAGAUGAUGAGGAAGGAGAGGAUUAUUGA